AUGUUGAAGUUUAUAGAACUUCGGACAAAGAGUGAACGAGAAAAUGCUGCCGCUCCUGGUGUGACUGCUGUUACUGCUGGAGGAAAGACCAACAACAGGGUUCCGGCAGUCAAGCUGCGUCUGCAACAUGAUUUCAAAGAUAUUGCAAAGUACGAGGAUGAAGAGCGGACAGCAAAAGGCCUCCCCCAAUUUUUCCAGUUCGAAUACCCCGAUCCCUCGGACCCGAUGCAUUUUUACCUGAUCCUCGAGCCUCCCGGAGGGAUGUAUCUGGGCGGCUUAUUUAAGUUCAAAAUCGAUGUCCCGGACGAGUACCCCGAUCUGCCGCCGACAGUGAAAUGCACGCAGAAGAUUUACCAUCCCAACAUCUUGCCCGAAGGAAACGUAUGUCUGAACAUUCUGGACAAGCCUGACUCAGCAAGGCACGGUUCCUGGACCUCGGUGAUGGGUAUGAAAAUGGUCGCGUUGGGCUUGAUGCACCUCUUCCUCGAACCAAAUCCCGACGAUCCCCUAAACGCCGAAGCAGCUGUAGAUCUACGGGUAAACCCCGAGGGUUUCAAGCGCGAUGUACGAACCGCGAUGCAAGGCGGAUCGGUCAAGGGCAUAAAGUACGAACGCGUCCUGCGAUGA